GACCAAGCGUGCUACCUCAUUUGUCAGAAAGAAAACCAUGGGGCCCUCAGGGAUUUGUUGGCCCAAUGGGCAUGCCAGAUUUUGCUGGACCUCCCCACAGAAGAAGUUUGGGUUUUGGAGGGUAUAUGGAUUAUGGUUUUUGUUGUUACAUUCUAUUUUCAAAUGACAUUUCGAUGAAAAUUUGAGGAUUGUCUAAUUAUUUUCUUUAUUCUUAUAUGAAUGUACAGAGGAAGCCAACCAGCUAUUAUUACAAGCACCACAGUUGAAGUUGUUGUUCCUCGCUCUCUAGUUCCUAUAAUACAUGGAGAAGAUGGUGCUUGUUUGAAACAAAUACGUCAGUUUUCUGAUGCAAAAAUUACAAUUACUGAACCUAAGCCUGGAUCAGCUGAAACUGUGAUUAUAAUAUCUGGAACACCUGAACAAACCCAUGCUGCACAGAGUCUUAUUCAAGCUUUUGUUAUGAGUGAGAGAGAAUCUGCCUGAACCUUCUAACCAGGGAAAAAAAUGAGAGAAGGAAGUGAGUAGCAUUGAAGAUGAAAAUAUUCUCUAGAGCUAGAAAUGUUGAAAUGAAUGGGAGAUAUGGCACUAAUACUGUUCUCCUCUUCUUCUUCUGAACAUAUUAUUUGAUGAUUGAUGUUAG